CAUUUAAAGUAAAAAGUUACCAUAAAAACAACAUACAAAAUGAAAAUAUUGUUAAGCUUGGCUUUGCUGUGUGCCGCCAUAGCUUUUGCUGAACGAACUUAUGCUGUCUCGGAAAAAUCGGUUGAAGAUACAAAUGUAGAUGCAGUAGAUGCACAGGCAUCGAACAUUGAAGAAAUGACACAUAAUGAAAAUUUCGACAUGAUCAUGCCGGACUACUUUGAUCAGCAUCCUGCCGCAUCAAUGCAAUAUCAAAAUUUUGAAAAAUUUUUCGAUCCACAAAUGACUGACAACAACAAUGAAUACAAAAUGGAUGAAAGUCGUAUACCUUUGGGAAUUCCAAUGCGUGCACCACAACCAUUAUCACCGGAAGAAGAACGCAUACGCAUGAUGAAAGAUGAACCAAUGGACGAGAAACGUCAUCGGCGCAUGUUGCAAAAACUAAAGAAGGGCUCAACUAAGCCACGAGGUGGCGGCAAUCAAUGGGAGCAAUUCGAUUAUGAUUUGUAUAGUGUAAAUCCGGGUAAUAACAAAAAAUAUAUAUCCGGUUAGGUACUGUGCUAGUUUGUUAAAGUUUAUUUAUUUAUUUAUUUUAAUAAUAAUAAGAAGUGUGUGUGAUAGAGAUUUCCUGUUGAAAUAAAAUAUUUAUUAUGAAAAUAUCGUA